UCUUCGUCCAACCACGUGCUAAUUGGACGGUAUUCAUUAUUAGAUUAGAGGGCCAUACCCUUCAAUUCUUGUUUCCCCAUUUCUUCUCCUCUCUGUUUCUCCUCCAUUUCUGUUCUGUUCUUCAAGUUUUGAUCUCCAAUGGCCAAGCCGGCCCUUGUCAUCGUCAUUUCCGUGACAAUUGCCGCUAUUGCCAUUGUGACAUCAUCUGUCCUCAUUGUCAAUUACCACAAACAAACUACCACCUUCAGCAAAACGGCCCCGCCCGCCGCCCAAAGGAUAUUUAUUUCCAUCCAGCAAGCAUGUAAUACCUCAAGAAACCCACAGGCUUGUGAAUCAUCCUUCGCACACAAGUUCGAUUCCAAUUCAUCACAACAACUAGACACCAUCGGAAUGCUCCAAUUCGCCACCCAAAUCACGUCGGAGAACCUCCAGGUCGCUAGAAACAUGGUCGACGCUAUCAUGGGAAAGCCCGGAUCAAAUAAUCCCAACAUCUCCAGAGCCGUUCAUAGCUGUAUGCAGGUCCUCGAUAAUGCAGUUUACCGUAUGUCAUUGACGAGUCAGGCCUUGCCACGCGGUCAAAUCAAGGACGCUAGAGCUUGGAUGGGUGCUGCCCUCGUGUAUGAAACCGCGUGCUGGUCAGGGUUGAACAAGACGGCAAAUGGGUCUCUUGUUAUGGAAACCGCGGCGUAUUCUGUUCAAACUGUACAGAAUAUGACCAGCGAUACCCUUAGCAUGCUGGCCGCUUACAAUUCGUUUGGUAAUCAAACCGGGUUAUGGGGUCCGGCUAAAACAGAGAGAGACGGGUUCUGGGACGAGGUUGUUAAUGGUGGUGGAGGAGGAUCUUUCGUCAAUUACAAGAACAAGGGCAUCCCUGUUGGCUUGCCGGAGAAUGUCACGGUUUGCAAAGCGGAGAAGAUAUGCGACUACAAGACGGUCCAAGAGGCGGUGACGGCUGCACCGGACACCAAUGGGAUGAACAAGUUCGUGAUUCGGAUCAAAGCGGGUAUUUACGAGGAGACGGUUCGGGUUCCAUUACAGAAGGAGAAUGUGGUCUUUUUAGGCGACGGAAUGGGUAAAACUGUCAUUACAGGAUCAUUGAAUGUUGGACAACCUGGUAUGUCCACCUAUGAGUCAGCUACUGUCGGAGUUUUAGGGGACGGGUUUAUGAUGAAGGACAUCACAGUCCAAAACACCGCCGGUCCAGACGGACACCAGGCAUUGGCAUUCCGGUCAGAUAGCGAUCACUCGAUAGUAGAAAACUGCGAAUUCAUCGGAAAUCAGGACACCCUAUGUUCCAACUCCCACAGACAAUUCUACAAAUCAUGCAUCAUCAAAGGCAACGUGGAUUUCAUAUUCGGAAUGUCAACUACCGUCUUCCAAGACUGUCAAAUCUUUAUAACUUCUCGUAAUCUAUCGUCCGAGAUCAAUGUGGUGGCUGCCCACGGCCGAUCAGAUCCUGCAUUGGCCACUGGUUUCGUGUUCCUAAACUGCUCCGUGAACGGUACUGAUGAGUUCUUGAAGGAAGUUGCGGCAAUGCCGGGUAAUCACAAGAGUUACUUGGGGAGGCCAUGGAAAGAAUAUUCAAGGACUGUUUAUAUAGGAUGUCAGAUUGGUGGUUUGAUUGCUCCACAAGGGUGGUUAAAUUGGAUUGGUGAUUUCGGAUUAGCCACGCUUUACUUCGGCGAGUAUAUGAAUUUAGGUCCAGGCGCCAAUUUGACAAGUAGAGAGGCAUGGAGUAGUCGAAUUCCAGCUGAUCAUGUAACAACAUAUUCAGUAGACAAUUUCUUACAGGGAAAUGAGUGGAUCCCCACAAUACCUUCAUCAUCGUAAUCAUGGUUUCUCUGUAAACUAGUUGAAUUGUAUAAAAAUUAGUAUCAUUGUCAACAAGAUCCUGAACAUCCAAUGAACAACAUUUUCAUUACAAAGGUAGUUAUACUAUCACAUUCAUUCGAGAACAAAGGAAGG